UGGUGGGAGUGCUUUGGGAUGGGGUUUUGGGUCGGUAGCUGGAGUGGUGGUUCGACCCAGAUUGGAAAGGGGGGAGAGGAGAUACAGAAAAUGAGAUUACAAGGGUAAGAAAAUCUUUUUGUCACCAUCGAUAAUGAAGUUAAUCCACUUCAAGCUGAAAUCAAAUGGGAUGAAGUGAUUAUAUUUGAAUAAUAGGAAACUGAAAUGUUAUUGGUGUGCAUCUAUUCAUAAACACAGUAUCCUAACACCAUUGAUUUUGAUUAAGAUUUUCUACGUGAUUCGAAACUAAGCCAAAGUUACAUGAAGACAUGCUUUUAUUUUUGUUUUUCCCUGUUUUCCCUUUUGAAAAUUUAAUUUUGUCUGAAGAAUUUCCAAAAUAUCAAUUCCGCCGGGACUCUGGACCAACCUUUAUGCUGUAGAUUUAGUCCGUGUCUUACUUUACUGAGUCUAAAACAUCAAGGUUGGUUAUUUUCAAGCAAUAUAAACUUCAAAUGAUUCUGAAUUUUGACUGUAAUUAUAAUUGCACUUGCUUGUCAAUCAGAUCUGAGGUAAUUCACCGUAAGUUCACAAUAACAAAGGCUCUAUUACUCAAGGCAGAAAGGUCUUCAUUUGACCGCCUCAGGCAACAGAUAUACAAGAUAGAACUAGAACAGAAGAGAUUAGAAGAGGAUGCAUUUGUAUAUAACUGGCUCCAACAACAGCUGAAGCUGUCACCAGCAUACAAAAAGGUAUCUUCCUAUCCUUAAUUUGUGAUUCACCGGGUUCUUAAUAUGACCCUAGGUUUUAAACAGCUGGGUUGAUGUUGUCACUAUUGAUGUUGCUGAUCAAUAGAACUCGACUAUGCAAAUGAUUUAUAAUUGCCUGCAGUAGGCUACUUGAAAACCACCUUUUACUAGUCCAAGAGUAUCUUUAUUAUAUGGUACUCAAAGCUAUGCUAGAAUGAAGUUUUCAGUUUGUUGCUUGACAAAGAUGAACCCUAACACACUCUGUCUAUCAUGUUGAAGAUGCUUGAAAUUGGUGCCUGCAUGGAGUCGAAAGCCAAAU